AUGAACACUGGGGAAAGAUCGGGGAACAUCAAAAAGACCAGGGAACUCAAGAAACCGGGAACUCAAGAAGCCCAGGAACAUCAGAGAAGACCAGGAACAUCAGAGAAACCAGGGAACACAGAGAAAACCGGGGAAGACCAUAAAACCCCGGGGAAGAUCAGGGAACACAGAGAAGACCGGGGAACAUCAGAGAAACCAGGAACACAGAAAGCCCGGGGAACACAAGAAGACCAGGGAACACAGAAAAGACCAGGGAACAUCAGAGAAGCCAGGGAACACAGAGAAGACCAGGGAACACAGAGAAUGUUCAUCUUCAAUGUUCAUCCUCAGUAUUUAUCUUCAGUGUUCAUCCUGAGUGUUGAUCUACAGGUGGUGGAGUGCCUACCAGUGCCAGUGCCACUGGGUCGCCAGGUGGUCCGUGGUAAAGGAGGUCGAGUCACAGACUGGAAGGACUGGUUCACCCAUCACACUGUCAUUCAUGACAACAUUAGUGCCACUGUGGGACUGAUCUCCCAGUGGUGGCACUACACUGGUCUAGCUCACCCAGGUGAGGCUUCACUGCAGGCCUCCCUGGAGAGGAUCGUCACGAACGUGUUCAGUACAGUACUCACUAUAGGUCACUGUCCCUUCUGGUUCCCCUCACUCACCUCUACACUCCAUCAGUACAACGAGAUACACAUUCACUUGCUGGGUGCUGACGAGCCGGAGGUGGGAGCUGUUGAAUCUGGACUCAUGCAGGUGGCGAGCCGGGUGUUGGGGCGCCCGAUUGUGGUGACGCUGGUAGCGCCAGACCUGGCCCACCACCCUCAGACCUUCUCAUGGACGCCCACACGCCCACACCAGGUAACGUCGUCAGUGAGGGCGGUGACUUACUCUGGUCUCUACCACGACUUCUGGCGGGACCAUCUUGCUACCAGUGACACUCACGCUCAGGUGAGUCGACCCCAAGUGGCACUAGCUAUCCACCCUGGAGUACACACGGAUGAGAUGCUGGUCCUGUGGAAGCCCACACUCCAGCUCCUGGCCUACGAGCACGUCCCUCUCGUCAUGACCACCUACAACGAGGCAGAGUUUCACACCACACUCCAGAAACUGGAGACUCUGCAAGCCAAUGUGGUACACGGGGAUGUGAACCCACUGCGCUCCCUCCAUCUCAAGCAGACACCCUACGAGCCUGACCAUGUGUGGGCAGCCAACUCCUACAUCAUUGCCAUUGACAACAGCAGGACAUCGUAGAACUGCCCCUCGACUUCUCUGGACCAUCACCUGUCGGAUCUGAUUCCCCUUGUGCCGGAUCAAGUUGCGUAUUGUCCAUGGAGUGAAAACAAAAGACACGAGUUGCAGAAACAAGCUUUAAUUGUGACAAAUAUUAGCCUUU